AGUGUUCAAAUGAAAAAUUAUUUUCAGAAGAUAAUUACAUGAUGAUGUCUUUCAGUUCUCAGCCCUACGGAAGUCUGCCAGAUGUGGCUUUCUCAUCUGUAGAGGCAAAAUAUUCAAAUGACGAUGAAGCUGCCAUUAUUUUGGAUAACAAAAUGGAAAAUAAUAAACUUAGAGAAAUUAAAAGUUUUCUAUUAGUAGAUGAAAAUGAAAUUUUACAAGUUUCAAGUGAAGAAGCAUUUAUACAAAAAUUGGGAUGUAAUGGUCAAACUCCUGUAAAAGUUACAUCUAUAUUUGGUAAUACAGGAGAAGGUAAAUCUUUUACAUUAAAUAACACAUUUUUUAAUGGAAGAGAAAUAUUCAAAACAUCAGCUGCUCAAAGUUCUUGUACAAUUGGGAUGUGGGCUGCUUACGAUUCUGUCUUAAAUGUUGUCGUGAUAGAUACGGAAGGCUUACUUGGUCUAACAUCCAAUCAGAAUCAACGAACAAGACUUCUAUUAAAAGUAAGUUGCAUUCAGUAAUUUAUUUAUGAAA